AUGAUCUCUCCCGAACCGUCACACUUCUCCGCGAUAUCACGGUCUUCCUCUCUCUCGAACCUGCGUGCUGCCGCAACCAAUAUCUAUGCCGGCCAUGAGCGACCAAUAUUCUUGUGGACAAACUUGCGCUCAAUAUCAGAGCACGUGCAGCCCAAUACCUCCCAGAAGGCGUCGACCUUGCUUGGGUCGUCACUCACGGGGACGCCAACGGUUCUUUCGGCCAAUGGUAUGAUAUGUAUAGGUACCAGCAGCGGCAAGACCUGGGUCUUUGAUUUCAAGCAGACCUUGAAAUGCGUAUGUGGUGGAAGAUCUGUCACUGCACUCGCCUUGUCGCAUGAUCACACGUACCUGGCUUGCGGACAUGCUCACGGCCAUAUAUUCCUGUAUGACCUGAGCAAUCCAGAUGUACCUGCGAGGACCGUUCUACCGACUUCCCUUGUGAACGUGGCGUCUGGGAGGCAAGAGGGACAUUUACUGGGCACUCGGAUUGUCAGCAUCGACUUUAUUGCUGGCAGACACACCGCUGUUGUAUCAUCGGACGACAGCGGACUUUCCUUCUACCACAGUCUUGGCAAGGUGUUGUUCGUAGCCGCCAAUGACACGCUGCGCAUCUUGGGCCGAUACCCCGAAGAUGAUCCCGGAGAACAUAUUCGCGACGCCAAACCGGCAGGACUGGCACCUCACCAUCCUGCGGCGUCUCGUCGACGGAGGGAAAGGAGGAUGAACACGACGCUAGCGAUGGCCCCAUUGCCGUUAGGCACAGGCCCUAGUCCCACCGACGCAUAUAACGUGGUGGCAUUGCUUACUCCGAUGAAGCUCGUGAUUGUGGGCCUCAAACCAUCCCCAAAGACAUGGUACAGACGUCAUAGGGAUGAGGAGGAUGGAAAAGGCAACAGAUCUCGGUGGAGAGGUACCUUGGCAUGGUUUCCGAGUAUGCUCACCAGUGAAUCCGAAAAACAUACGCCUGCAAGUUCAAGGCUAUGGAAACGAGCGCCCAAGGAAGAACCACGGUUCUCGUUGCCGGUUCUAGCAUACUCCUGGGGGCCCACACUGAGAUCGAUUGAAAUUGAAGUGGGAUCUCUCGUAUUCCGCGAAUUGAUCUCCUGGGAGGCCGGUGAUGACAUCCUGGCGUUGCAGUGGUUGAACGUCAAUCAAGUCCUCGUUGCGACCACCGAAGAGCUCGUCGUGUACGACAUUCGUAUGCGCAAACCUGUUGAACGCAGCCGUUUUGACGUCUCGUCUUUGGUUUCGCCAACACUUGAACACACAGUGAAUGGCGGAUACACUUACUCUCAUGCAGUUGGCGACGUGGCCCACAGCACGCACCAUGGCAUCCAAGUGGGUACGCUUCUGACAUGGGCGGAUCGCAUACUCGCUUUCGUGCAAGGAGGGGAUUUUAUCAGUGCCAUCGAGCUUACGCGAACCUUCUAUCUUGGAGAGGCACCCGGGAACAGGAAUGGGUUGCCGGAUGAUCCGGAUGAACUGCGAGAGGUUGUUGGCACGAAACUACGGGAGCUCAUGAACGCUUCGGCAGCCUAUGCAUUCUCUGAGGAUCGCAUGAGGGACAGUACGCAUCUUACGUCGGAUGGUCGUGGAGUGGACCGUACAACCCUUUUUGAAGAGCUUGUUUCCGCUUGUACUCGGGCUUGCAUCGCACUCGACAACUUCGACUUCCUCUUCGAAGAUCUCUUCCAAUAUUACGAGGAAUCGGGUAUCACCCGUAUCUAUCUUCUCCAGCUGGAGGCCUUCAUCCUGGAUGGUCAAGUCCGUUAUGUUCCUCCUCGCAUCACGCAGCGCCUGGUAGCACUCCACGACGAAGAUAGCAGACCAGAUCUUGCCGAACGCGUUAUCUGGCAUAUAGCUCCCGAGUGCCUCGACGUCAGUCAAGCGCUCGUUCUAUGUCAGAGGCACCACCUUUACGACGCGCUCAUAUACGUUUUCACCCGCGCAGUGCAAGACUACGUUUCGCCUGCAGUCGAGCUUCUCGCCCUCGUGCGGCGGGUUCAACAAUACCGCAGGUAUAGGAAAGAGGCGACGGAAGGUGAACAUGUGGACCCUUCCGAGAUCGCCGCUCAAGAUGACGGUAUCGAACCUAUCCUUAUUAACGCCUAUAAAAUCUACCCUUACCUUAGUGAUACCCUUUCCGGCCUUACAUACCCAAGCGAGGAACCUAUCGAAGAACCAGAGGCGUCACGAGCAAAGCAAGGCGUAUACUCAUUCAUCUUCGAUGGACGCUCGAGGAUUUGGCCAGAGGGCGAAGGAGGCGAGCUCAUCCUCACCGCCGAGGAAGAGGGCGGCGCCGAACCAACGUACCCUUACCUUAGACUCCUGCUCCGAUUCGACACCGAAGCGUUUCUUCACUCUCUGGACAUCGCAUUCGAAGACGCGUACCUCAAUGAUGAACCUCAAGGCAUCAGCCGGCUUCUCAUUGUGAAGGUUCUUCUGGAAAUUCUGUCCACUCCCGACCUCUCCCCCUCCGAUAUCACCUUCAUCAAUAUAUUCAUCGCUCGCAACGUACCGAAGUAUCCGCAAUUCAUACGCAUGCCGCCCAGCGAACUGGAAAGUAUCCUCGUAGCCCUCGCUAAGGACCCGGACGAAAGCACGCGGGAGGAUAGGCAGUUAGCCGCGGAAUACUUGCUAUCUGCUUACACCCCUCAUCAAACAGAACGCGUCCUCAGUAUGCUAGAGAAAGCUGGGUUUUACAGGAUACUCCGAUCAUGGCAUAUGCAAGAACGGCAGUGGGGCCCGCUGCUUAUGGCCCACGUUCGUGACCCCGAGCUUAGCACUCCGGAUCUUUUCAAAGGUAGCGAGGUGGUCCUGGCCCGCGCCUUCCGUGCAAACAAGAAGACUUGCCCUCCAGAGCUCCUCCAAGACGUUAAGCUCGCCCUUCCAACUUUCUUAUUGUCGGAGGUAUCCGCAACUGCCCUUUUGCUCGACAAGCACCUUCCGCAAUUGCACCAGCACGCUGUUGACCUCCUUGACACCGACGAGGGCAAAUUCGUUUAUUUGCAAUACCUGCUGGGCCCUCCUCCAGCCGACGACGACAUGAGAGAACAUUCUCGACCUGGCCCUCCCACCACAAAGCUAUCGAAGGAACUCUGCAGCCUAUACGUUGAGUUACAGUGUCGGUUACAUCCCACGGACACGAUCGCCGCGCUUGCCUAUCUUCCAGAGGACUUCCUGGACUGGACUGAGACCCUGUGGACAUGUGAAGACAACGACGUGUUCGACGCUGUCGUGUGGGGCUACGACCGACAAGGCCAACCCGACGUCGCGCUAAACAAGGCAGCCGAAUUUGAUAAGCGAUUAGGCAUCCAAGUCGUAGAUACCUUGAGCGGACCGAAUCUAGAUGAGGAGCGUCUAUUUGCCGCUGUCGAAGGCAUGGAAUCGGUCGCCAGGGUGGCCGUUGCCGUCUGCGUUGCGCACUCGAAUCCGCGGAGUAAUGCCAAUCCUGUCCCGGAAGAUCUGUGGUUCCAGCUACUCAGCAGCCAAAUCACCUCCGUUCAAAUUGUAGCGGGCGCGCUACAGCACCUUCCGUCCACAGAUGGUGCGGCCGCGGCCGCCCUUGAUCGACUUCGGGCACUCGUCCAGCAGACAUUCUCCUCGCUCAUGACUAUGGCGCCGAGCACCGCCGUCUCGUUCCCGCGGCUCUUCAAGCGACUCGUCGAGUCGCCAAAACCGGUCACCAGUGGUGGAGGUGCGAUGGCAUACACCGAGUUCCGCGUGAUCCUUACGGGCAUGCUGGACACGUACCGCUCGGAAGGCGACAUGCUCGCCAUCGCUAAGCACCUCGUCGACCGCGACGUGUUCGAGACAAUCGAGGAAUUGUGCAAGGCACGUGAGAAGGGUUGGAAGGCGAGCAGGGGAGUGUGCGCCGGGUGUAGGAAGCCGUUGGUAGAUCAUGCGAAUUGUAAAAACGGUGAGGGCGAUGCUGGGGAUGGGACGCCCGAACAGUUGGUGGUGUCGCGAACGGGUGUCGUUUAUCAUCGUCGAGCCGAUUGUUUACCUUCCACUUUAGACGUUUCGCUGCCGUGA